AUUCCCCAACCUUCGCCUCACUUCAUCAUUUUUUCCAAUUCCAUUCUUCCUCCAAUUCAUCUUCCAAUCCUCAAUCGGGGUCACCGGAGCCUUAUCUCCGUCUAGUUUUACAAUCGAACCGGAAGAUUUCCAUUCUCAGAUUCAAUAUUGUUCCGCAGUGCUUUUGGUCUGAGACUGAGUACUCAUUGCCUCUCGAUGGACAAAGGAAUGCCCCCUACCCUUUUUGUCAACGACGGAUCAUUUAUGGAAAGGUUUAAACAACUCCAACAGAAAAAUGGUGAGAAGGAUAAGGAUAAAGAUAAAGGUGCUACCUCUGAGGAGCCAAAACCAAUCAAGAUUAUAGCAGGGACUUCAAUUCCACAUAAUACUAGUGGUAAAACUAGUAUGCAGUUUAAGGGUGGUGAGAUUCGUAAGACUGCCCCAACUGGAAAACUUGCUUUCAGCUUGAAGCAGAAGUCUAAGCUUGUGGCACCUUCUGUGAAGUUAGGAGCAGAUGAGGAUGAAGAUGAACCUGAUGCGGUAGAUGCAUCUGAUCAUCUACCAGAGAAGCGUCAAAAGUUAGGUCCACAAGAUGGUACUGAGCAGCCAGUACUUCAAUCUGGUGAUGCACCACCUUCACCAAGUGAUCCUACAGUGAAGAAAGUUGCCGACAAGCUAGCAAGUUUUGUGGCUAAACAUGGAAGGCAAUUUGAGCAUGUUACUCGCCAAAAGAAUCCUGGAGAUACACCAUUUAAAUUUCUGUUUGAUGAGAGUUCUGCAGAUUACAAAUACUAUGAAUAUCAGCUAGCUCAAGAAGAAAAAGCUUUCUCAGAAACCGUCGAACCUAAAUCCUCUAAUGAUGGUGGGAGCACGCAAACUUCUAAGCCAAGGACUGGUUCCCAGAAAUCUCUCCAGCAGUCUUCCUCAUCAAAUUAUCAAACCCCUGCCUCUGCUUUAUAUGAACCAUCAGAAGAUUCAAGGACUUCAGUGGGUUCAUCUAAUACUACUGCGUGGCCUGAAAGAGCAGGUGAAACUAGACCACCACCAUCUAGUGGAGAUCCGAUUGCAAUGAUGGAAUUCUACAUGAAGAAAGCUGCUCGUGAAGAGCGGAUGAGGCAACCUAAACAGUCAAAAGAUGAAAUGCCUCCUCCUGCGUCUCUUCAAGCUUCAGCUUUAGGGAAAAGAGGGCAUCACAUGGGUGACUUCAUUCCCCACGAGGAGCUUGAAAAGUUCUUAGCUACAUGCAAUGAUGCGUCUGCCCGGAAAUAUUCUAAAGAAGCUGCUGAUAAGGCUAAAAUUCAGGCUGAUAAUGUGGGGCACAGACUCCUAUCUAAAAUGGGAUGGAAAGAAGGUGAGGGUCUGGGAAGCUCCAAGAGUGGAAUUGCAGAUCCCAUAAUGGCGGGUGAUGUAAAAACAAAUAACUUGGGUGUUGGAGCCCAUCAACCUGGUGAGGUGACUCCUGAAGACGAUAUAUACGAGCAGUACAAAAAACGAAUGAUGCUUGGUUAUCGUUACAGACCGAACCCACUGAAUAACCCUCGGAAAGCAUACUAUUGAUUGAUGACGGUUCUGCAAAGGCACUUUGAUCAUUCUGGCUCUGUUUGAAAAUUAUGAGAAAAGCCAAACUACGUGGUGGGAGUGGAAAUUAUCUCGAUCUAUUGUGGCAUAAUUGAUGUCAUAACUCAAUAAAUAAUCAAUAGAUGUAGUUCUUUUUAUCCUG